UUGAGCCCAGGCGGCUAUGCGCCCUAAUCCAAGGCGGGUGUCGCACGUUGCCUGUGCUGUGUUUGGGAUCAUUACGGCAUUGAUAUAACUGCUAUCGAGAAUAACCGCAGAAGACCAGGUAUCGGCUUUUUAUUCCCGAUGAUGGCAGGCAACUUGGGGCAAGUAACUGCUAGCUCAACAGUUUUUCUUCUCUGUGAUGUGCAAGAAAAAUUCAAGCCAGCCAUUGCACACUUUAACUGUGUUGUGCAGUCAUGUUCAAAACUUAUAACAGCUGGUCGCAUUCUGGGAGUUCCUCUGCUAGUCACUGAACAAUACCCAAAGGGUCUGGGCAAGACUGUUCCCGAGCUGGAUGUGCAACAUGCAGCUGUCGUGGCUGAAAAGACCAAGUUCAGCAUGGUCGUGCCUGAGGUGGACGCCGUACUGGAGCAGCUGAAGCCCCGUGUGGCUGUCAUCAUGGGACUUGAGGCGCACGUGUGCGUGGAGCAGACGGCAGCCGACCUGCUGGCGCGCGGCCACGUGGUGCACGUGGUGGCUGACGCCGUCAGCUCACGCUCACAGGAGGACCGGCUGCUAGCGUUUGACAGAAUGCGACAGAUGGGCUGCUUCAUCUCCACCAGUGAGUCGAUCAUCUUCAAGCUGCUCGGCGAUAAGAACCAUGAGAAGUUUGGUGAGGUCAGGGGCCUGGUGAAGGAGCCCUCGCUGUCGACGGGGCUGGCCAAGAUGUAGAUUCAGAUAACACGGCGCGACGCAUCAUGUUUCGGGAGCACGAGGUCUGUCGGGCUGUAUGUACACUCCUUUGGUGGUGUCAAAGGAAUCAAGCGACCGAAGAGAGAGGCGCGAUGCGAACGCCAUCUAUCAGGUACAUUUGUUGGGUGUGGAGACAAGUUGUAGGGCUCGCAAUCACGUGAGGGUUGAUUGAAUUUGUAUACUUAGAUAAGGGAUUUUCAUGUUCUGUAAAUGUCGUCAUGCAGCGAGUGUUCGACAUGUCAGCCGCCGUGAGAUUUCCGGCUGUGGUUGUGCGUGUUUGUGACACCAGCGGCACCAGUUGCAGUUCGGCAGCGUCAGCUGUUUAUCACUGGUGAUGUGAAGUCUGUUGCGUGACGGCCCUUCGUGUUGGGCCUGGCGGAAACCAGUCAUUCGCAUUGAUUUUCAGUAAGAUUUGAAUAAGACCACGCUGUGCCGCGAAAAUGCGUCGGUUUAAGUGGCGUGUAUGGCUUGAAGAUAUCCUGCGAUAGCGAAACGUCUCCCUGCCGUUGAGUAAUGCAUUUGAUAUAAAAUACGUCAUGAACGCUCCGCUGUGAAAAUUAGCUGGUUUGAGAACGUCCGCUACAUACAGUCACUACGCAAGACAGGGAGCAUGUUUCUCACUUUUGUGCAAUUCGUGGGACGGCAUUGAUUACCGGCUGGCUUUCGCGUCUCAGCCGUAGCAUGCAAGCAAACAGCAGGCUUCUCUCGAUUUCUGUGGAUUGGUGAACAGGAAACAGGGUACUACACCUGUGGUCCAGGGCGAGGCCAUGACCUCGCAGCGUGUUAAUGAGCGACAGUAUAUGGCUAUGGCAGAGUAUGACCCCGAACGUAAUGCCGCGCGCGCUGGUCGGCACAGCCUUAACGUCACGGCAGGGUUAUCGUUCCGCGGGUGCUGCCAUCUUCUCGGCUGGAGGCUGUCCAGCAAACUCAUUGGAGUCAGUCUUGGACCGGUGUCGUCCACCUGCUCGGCGUGCGCAGCAGCCGACUGUGUCACUGAACUGGUCACGUUUGUU